AUGACAUCAUCAUUGUGCGUAUGCAUUACAAGCAGUGAGCUGGCUCAGAGCCUUCCAGUGUCCUUCACCAUGACCAAACUUCUUGAGUGGCUUUUUGCUGUGUCGCUGGUUGGUGUUGCAUGGGGACUGGUCACCUUUGACCUCUUGGACUUUCAGUUUCCAGCAGUGUACAGGGAGGUCGCCUGGCCGAUGCCCGUGUACCUGCUGGUGGUGUUUGGAUGUUAUUCGCUGGCAACAGUUGGCUACAGAGUGGCUACCUUUAAUGACUGUGAGGAGGCAGCCAGAGAGCUGCAGGGGCAGAUACAAGAGGCAAAAGAGGACUUGAAGAAGAAAGGACUGAAGAUCUGAUGGCUUUGCGGGAAACUGUCACACACACACACACACACACACACACACACACACACACACACACACACACACACACACACAGUUUGAUGUACCGUAAUUAACCCAUGGCCAGAUGGAUUGUAUGAUUCUUUGUGACUAAAGUGUGCUAUUCUCAAGUAUGUUAUAUUGUAGUGUUUUUGUGACUGCUUUUCUCACGUUGCAAUAUCUUCCCAACCUAAAUCUGGAAUGUGAGAGACCACAAUGGAAGCUGAAACUGCUCUAAAAAUGUUAAGUCCUAAAACCUGUUUUGCAUGAUGUUUUUCUCCAUUCAACAGUCCAUAUAAAAAAUUGCAAACACAUGUAUGUGAUGACAGUGGACAAUGUGCUAUUUCAGUGUGACAUCCAGAGCAUUUGGAUGUAUUUGGGAUGUCUUGUAUUUGAUUUUUUUUUUUUUUUUUAAAACCAUUGGCGAAAUAUUUUUUUUCCUUAUUGUCCAGUCAUCUUAAUGUGGCAAGAGACAUGUUUUUUUAAUGGAAAGUUUUAAAGAAAACAGAGAUCUCAUCAUUUCCCUAAUGGCUGAUUUGUAGUUCAUUGUGAGGACUGGAUCACCCCUUUGAAAUCCAAAAUUUGUGGUUUGAUGGAAAACAAGCUCUCUAGUAGUAUUUGGAACAUUUUUUAAACAUGUACCCAUGUUGUGCAAUCUAAUGUAAAAUAUUUUUCUUCAAAACAUUUGCUCUAUGAGUAAAAAUUUCUUAUAUUUUGAUUCUGAAUGUGGCAUGA